AUGUCAGACUUACUACGCGCACUGCCCAGCAUCAAAAACCAACACAACGCACCAAACCUCAGGCCACCAGCAAUGCCCUUGACAACAGCAGACGAAGGCAACUCCUCAUCCUCAGACAGUUCGGCAUCCACAAAUGACAGCAUCGACACUCUGCGUCCUUCCGACUCUACAAUCCCAACACCCACACCAAACCCAUGGCCCAAAUACUUUGAGCAAGAACUUUUUCUCGACUCACAGACAGAAACUCAACUUGCGAAAUAUCAUGUCUAUCUCACUCCACCGAGGGAUCCGGCCAAAGGACCACUGUUUAUCUGUCAUCACGGAGCUGGAGCCACGGGAAUGAGUUUUGCGUGUUUCGCUGCUGCGGUGAGGAAAGAAAUGCCUGGAGCCGGCAUCUGCAGUUUAGAAGCCAGAGAACAUGGAUCCGCCGUCUUUAGCUCCUCUAGCAACGAAGAAAUUCUCGAUUUCAGCAUUGAAACACUGGUGACGGAUACACUCGCCAUGAUCGAGGGAGUCAAACAGAGACAAGGCUGGAAAGUUCUACCACCAUCAGUGUUGGUGGGCCAUUCUCUGGGCGGCGCAGUCGUCACCCGCAUCGCAGCCACUGGCUCUCUAGGCGCCCAAUUAGUCGGCUUCGCAGUACUGGAUGUAGUCGAAGGCUCUGCAAUCGAAGCCCUGCUGCACAUGAAAACCUACCUGGCCUCUCGACCAUCGUCAUUCGCUUCUGUGGACCAAGCAAUCAAUUGGCACAUCCGCAGCCGCACAAUCAGAGAUCUCGAGUCUGCAAAGGCCAGUGUGCCUAGUUUGUUGGUUCCCAAGGACGAUCGUUGGGUCUGGAGGACAGAUCUUGGACGCACGCAGCGUUGGUGGGAAGAUUGGUUUACGGGGAUGAGUGGUUUGUUUCUUAGAGGCAGAGCUGCAAAGGCUCUGGUGCUCGCUGGCACAGACAGACUAGACAAAGAACUCAUGGUGGGCCAGAUGCAAGGCAAAUUCCAACUCACAGUCAUUCCAGAGGCAGGCCACUUCAUCCAAGAAGACGUGCCGGAAAAGACGGCACACCUCAUGAUCGAAUUCUUCAAGCGAAACGAUCGGAGCAGUCUGGUCCUGCCGCCAAAAGUUUCCGAUCUGCUCGCCCAGGGCAAAAGGGUAUAA